AGGAGGAGCGGCGGCGAGGCGAGGCCUAGGCGGGCCGCACCGCCAGCAUGUCCCUGGUGGCCGAAGCGUUGGUCUCCCAGGUCGCAGCUACAGAACCUUGGCCUGAAGAUGCUACACUUUAUCAGCAGCUGAAAGGGGAACAAAUUUUGCUUUCUGAUAAUACUUCUUCUCUUGCUGUUCAGGCCUUUUUGCAAAUGUGUGAGCUCCCCAUCAAAGUGGUUUGUAGAGCAAAUGCCGAAUACAUGUCUCCAUCUGGUAAAGUACCUUUUAUUCAUGUGGGAAAUCAAGUCGUAUCAGAACUUGGUCCAAUAGUCCAAUUCGUAAAAGCCAAGGGCCAUUCUCUUAGUGAUGGGUUGGAUGAAGUCCAAAAAGCAGAAGUGAAAGCCUACAUGGAAUUAGUCAAUAAUAUGCUGUUGACAGCAGAGUUGUAUCUUCAGUGGUGUGAUGAAACUACAGUAGGGGAGAUCGCUCAUUCUCGAUAUGGAUUUCCUUAUCCAUGGCCGCUGAACCACAUCUUGGCUUAUCAAAAACAAUGGGAAGUUAAACACAAGAUGAAAGCCAUUGGAUGGGGGAACAAGACUCUAGGUCAGGUCUUAGAAGAUGUAGACCAGUGCUGUCAAGCUCUUUCUCAGAGACUAGGAACACAACCUUAUUUCUUCAAUAAGCAGCCAACUGAACUUGAUGCCCUGGUCUUUGGCCAUCUCUUCACCAUCCUUACCACUCAGUUGACCAACGAUGAACUCUCUGAAAAGGUGAAAAAUUACAGCAACCUACUUGCUUUCUGUAGAAGAAUUGAACAGAACUACUUUGGAGAAAAUGGGAAAGGACGCAUCCCCCUCAGGUUGGCCUAGAGAGACUUGUUGGAUUAGAAGUCUAAGUCUUAAAUUAGGUUCAACUUCA